AUGUCAUUACAAAGCCUCAUGUGUUGCUCCAUGCUUGGGUUACACGCCGCCGAUAUUGAGACCGGGAUUGAGCUUCAGGAUGCUGAGCCUGCCCGCCCUCCUGGUGCCCGUCCCCGUGGCCGUCGCCCUCUCGCCAGACCCGCUGGGACCUCCAACGCUGCCGCCGCUCCCGCCGCCCAGACCUAG